AUUAACACCGUGCUGUCUUUCGCCUUUUCGCAGGACACGUACAAGCUGCCGCACCGUCUCAUCGAGAAGAAGCGCCGAGAUCGGAUCAACGAAUGCAUAUCGCAGCUCAAGGACCUGCUGCCGGAGCAUCUCAAGCUGACCACGCUCGGACAUCUGGAGAAAGCCGUGGUUUUGGAGCUGACGCUGAAACACGUCCAGUCCCUGUCCAGCUUGAUAGAGCAGCAGCAGCAGCAGAUCCUCAACCUCCAGAAUGGUUGCCCCUCCGACGGUAACAGAUCUUCGGGGGAAGAAAUGUUUCGUUCCGGGUUCCAGCUGUGCGCCGAAGAAGCCAUGAGGUUCCUAAAAGGCGGAGAGAAGCGCGAGCUGGUGGCACACCUUCACCGCGUGGCCUCCGACCUCAGCCCCGGAGCCACCAAAAUCAUCGAGAACCCGAGUCCCAAGCCGCAAGCCGCCAACUGCGUCCCGGUGAUCCGCCGGGCCGCCCCUCUCAGCUCCGGGGAACAGAGCGGCACGGACACGGACACCGACAGCGGCUAUGGAGGAGAGGCGGACAAGGUGGAGGCAGCUCAGGAACAGGGAGGCGCCUUGAAGGAAGAGAAAUCCACCCCGAUGGCCCUGGACAGGAUUAUCAAACAGGAAGAAGAUGAGCUUCCAAAAAAGAGGUUGAGGAUGGAGGUCGCAGAGGAGGACAGCAGGUUCAGCAACGAUGACCUGUCCAUGAUGGGACCUUACCCAAACCACCCGCCUUUUUGCCUUCCCUUUUAUUUCAUACCCCCCUCUGCCUCUGCCUACCUGCCCAUGCUGGAUAAAUGCUGGUACCCCGGGUCUAUGCCAAUGCUGUAUCCCAAUCUGGCCCAAUCUGGUCUGCUGAGCCAAGACCGGAUGCCACCAGUUCACUCCCCACCAUCCAUGGACUCCUCGACCCUCCUGCAAGCCCUUAAGCAGGUGCCCGCCGUAGGUGCGGAUGCCAAGGACUGACCGCAGGCGGCACCCAGCAGCAUGGAUGUGCUAGCAGAAGCUCCAUUUAAGGACUCCUAGGCCACCCAGCAACGCAACUCG